AUGGAUGUAAAGGAAUUCUAUAAUGAAUUUCAAUUCCUUCAUAACACUCUCGUGGUAUUUCGUUUUAGUAACACGACCCAAACCGCAGCCAACGGCGCUACUGACCCUACAGUAAUGGUUACUGUCAUGUAUCAGUUGUGUGUACCGUUCGCGAGUCAUUUUUUUAUCAGGUGGCUGUAUAUAUCCUUACUACUUCACACUAGUGCUGGCUUCGGUUCCGAAGGUCUAUUUGGAUCUAAAUACCCAAACGAUAUCCCCGAAUACGACUUGCUGCACGCUAUCGGGGUUCCAUUUAGCAAUCCGAAGACCCAGUACUUCGACGAGGGCCUCGACGGUUUCCCGGCUUACGGGCUCAAACCGGGAUCCGAUAUCAAAUCUCCCUAUCGCCUUUUUAUGCCCGAGAAACUGUACGCCGAAUUCGCUAUAACUGCGACCGUCCGUCCGGCGAAUAAAGAUGGCGGGUUCCUCUUUUCCGUCGUAAACCCCCUGGAAACUGUAGUUCAAUUGGGAGUCCAAUUAAUCCCCUCUGGCCCGGGUCUGACGAAUAUAUCACUACUGUAUACGGAUGCGAAUAUUUACGCGUUGUCGCAGACGAUCGCGUCUUUCGUCGUGCCCUCUUUCGCGAAGAAGUGGACCCGGUUCGCGUUGAGGGUCACGAAUGAAAAUGUGACGCUGUUUCUUAAUUGCUUGGAGUUUGAUACUGUGGUGGUGAGAAGGAACCCCAUGGAACUGGUGUUUGAUUCUGCGUCGACGUUGUAUGUGGGCCAGGCUGGUCCACUCAUUAGAGGGGCUUUUCAUGGUGCUUUUCAAGAACUCAAGCUGUUCGGAUCGCCUUCUCAAGCUGAAGUACAGUGUGUUAAUACAUUUGAGGAAAUAGGAAAAGGGAGUGGAGGAGACGAGAUCUAUAUUGACAAUUCUUUGGUGGACCAAGAAGAGGGGGACGUGGAGGGGUCGGGGAGGUACGGAACCAUUCCGCCAUUUCCGCCUCCCCCGCCUGGACUAAACGGUUACGCACCAAUAUUAAGAGGUGAAAAAGGAGAGAGAGGAACAAGGGGUCCCCCAGGAGAAUCGAUACGUGGUCCACCAGGUCCUCCUGGGCCUCCUGGACUCCCUGGUAUACCGGGAACAGCGAUAAGCGACCCGUCAGGUUCUGGAGACGAUCAAAUCUUUGGUGAGAACUACGCAUCUCUGGGACAAUGCGGUUGCAACACCAGCACACUGUUAGCUCUUUUGGAGUUAGCUCCACAGCUACAAGGUCCUCCUGGACCUCCAGGUUUGGUUGGGGCUGAUGGAAGAACUGGACCGCCUGGUAUACCCGGCCAAAUUGGACCAACAGGUGAUCGUGGACCUAUGGGACCGCGAGGAGAAAAAGGAGACCGGGGUGACGAUGGUCCUCGCGGCCCAGAAGGCCUAACGGGACAAAAAGGGGAGCCAGGAGUAGAUGGGAGAGCUGGAAACCCUGGACCACCGGGACCACCUGGUUCCCCGGGUUCUGCAGAUUAUAGCAACUUUGAGGAAUCUCUCUUGGGUUCAUAUGGUGGUGGUGCUAUCGGUAGACCUGGAGCUCCAGGUCCUAAGGGGGAUACAGGACAACCUGGCCCUGUAGGUCUGCAAGGAGAGCGGGGUUUCCCCGGGUCGAAGGGUGAACGAGGCAUGCCAGGGCAAACUGGGACGAAGGGUGAUCGAGGUUAUUCCGGACCAAAAGGUGACAGAGGAAUGAAAGGUGAUCGUGGCGGUCCAGGUUUAGACGGUCGUCCAGGUCUUCCAGGAGCAAAUGGUCGUUUUGGAGAAAAAGGGGAAAAAGGAGAACGUGGUUCGCCCGGUCCCCCGGGACAACCAUCUUACCCCUUUGGAAGUUUUACAACUGAAGAUUCUGAAUUUAUUACUUCGGGUCGAGUUAUCCCUGGGACCCAAGGAGAAAAAGGAGAGAAGGGUGAAAAUGGUAAUCCCGGGCUCGAUGGCACUCCAGGUUUUCCUGGCAAAGAUGGAAAGCCCGGAGAACGCGGGGAUAUUGGCCCAUCUGGAAUGCCCGGGAUAUCAGGUCCUCCCGGUUCACCAGGAUUGAAAGGCGAAAGGGGCGAGAGGGGACCCCCUGGACCCGUAGCUCUAACCGCACCUGGGUCUGAUGUCAUAACUGUAAAGGGUGAAAAAGGAGAUUUAGGACCAAGGGGGAGAAGGGGUCGCAGUGGACCCCAAGGGCCUCGUGGUCUGCAAGGUACACCGGGUGUACCUGGCCCUCCGGGAAAGCCGGGGGAAAAAGGAGACAUUGGUCUCCCAGGAUGGAUGGGUCGUCCCGGUUCCUUUGGACCACCUGGUAAUCCGGGCCCAAUAGGACCAAAGGGCGAUAAAGGUGACCCCGGUGUAAACAUUUUGGAUGUCACAAUGAUUUUUGAAGUGUCUGAGGUGAACAUCGAAAAAACAUUCUCACUAAAAACCCAAAAAGUUUAG